AUGUCUCGAUCGGCUUCUUUAGCUACUACCGCAGAUGAAAGCGAGCAAAUCCGACGUUUAAAGGCUUCCAUCAAGGCAAUUGCAAAAGUUUGCAGAGCAUUAAGGAAUGGUGACCUGAACCAAAUGAUAUACGAAGAUGUCGCUACACCGGACUUGGAAAACUUGAAAACUGACGUCAACAGUUUAGUGCGACGACUUCGCCGGUUCACCACUCAAGUUUUCAAAGUGUGUAGUGACGUAGGACAAAAGGGUCUGUUGGGCAAACAAGCCGACUUGGAAGAAUCAGCGGGUAUAUGGAGGAAAAUGCUUGUAGAUGUCAACAGCCUUGCUAGCAAUUUAAGUGCACAGGUCCGGGAUAUAUCUGAGGUCACCACUGCCGUCGCAAAAGGGGAUUUCUCCAGAAAGAUUGAAGUACAAGCCGAAGGCGAAAUUUUGCUGGCCAAGGAAACGGUGAAUAAAAUGGUAGAUCAACUUAAUUCCUUUGCUACCGAAGUCGCUCGAAUUGCUCAGAUGGUAGGCACCGACGGUAUACUCGAUCAACAAAUCACAGUAGAUGGUGUGGAGGGUGUUUGGAAAGAUCUAACUGACAGCGUCAACUCAAUGGCUAGCAACCUGACCCUACAAGUUCGAAGUAUCUCCGCGGUCACGUCGGCUAUCGCUCGCGGAGAUCUGAGCCAACAGAUAGAAGUUGAGGCCAAAGGAGAGAUGGCUGAUCUCAAAAAGACUGUCAACUCGAUGGUUGAUACGCUGAAAGUUAUCCUGGAAGAAGUUGGGCGCGUGGCACGUGAAGUCGGAGUCGAAGGCGUGCUUGGUGGCCAAGCCAACAUCCCCAAUGUGGAAGGGGCUUGGUACGACCUCUCGCAUAGUGUCAAUCAAAUGGCGAAUAAUCUUACUUCACAGUACGUUCGACAGAUAGCAUCAGUCACAAGAGCUGUUGCGGAAGGCGACCUGUCACAGGAGGUUACUGUCCAAGCACGUGGAGAAGUAGCUGCGUUGGCCAGCACAGUAAACGGAAUGGUCGCAUUUUUGCGCGUAUUUGCCGCAGAGGUCACACGAGUUGCGUUGCUUACCGGUACGGAAGGUGUACUGGGAGGUAAGGCCGAAGUGGCCAACGUUUCUGGUGAAUGGAAGACUCUGGUGGAUCGAGUCAACACGAUGGCGAAGAACUUGACUGACCAAGUUCGCGAGAUUGCUCGUGUAACUACUGCUGUGGCCGACGGAGAUUUGACCAGUUAUGUCACGGUAGACGCCAGAGGAGAGGUUGGACAGCUUCGAGACACUGUCAAUGCCAUGGUCCGGUUCUUACAGGAAUUCAACUCUGAAGUAACCAGAGUAGCCCUAGAAGUAGGAACAUCCGGCAAGCUUGGUGGCUCAGCGAAGGUAAAGAACGCUCGAGGUGAAUGGCACAACUUGGUCACUGGACUCAAUCGUAUGGUCGAUCGGGUCACUGGACAAGUCCGUGCCAUUAGCGCGUCGACUACCGCCGUGGCCAAAGGGGAUCUGUCGCAGCGAGUUGAUAUUGAUGCCGAAGGUGAAAUUUUGCAAUUGGCGCAAACCAUCAAUGCCAUGUUAGAAAGGCUCAACAUGUUUAGCACGGAGGUGGUACGAAUCGCCAGAGAGAUUGCAGAUGGCAACUUGAAUGUCAGGGCAGAGGUUGAAGCAGUCGAAGGUGUCUUUUUGCACAUCAUCACCGAGGUGAAUAGGAUGUCUGGAACCCUCAGUUCGCAAGUGGGAACUUUUCAAGCAAUUACGGAUGCUGCUGCUGCAGGAGAUUUUAGUAAGAUGGCAAAUAUCGCAGUCAAAGGCGAUAUUCGCGCUCUUCAGAGUAACAUCAACACGAUGGUGACGAAACUGCGCACUGCUUUUGAAAGUAAUGUCAAAGCAAAAGAAGCUGCUGAAGCUCAUUCACUGGCCAAGAGUCAAUUCUUAGCAAACACGUCACAUGAGAUUCGAACUCCAUUAAAUGCAAUAAUUGGACUGACUUUCGACACCCUCGGCAGUAACCUGACAAGAGAACAACGAGAAAAUUUGAACUUGGUACGCGGUCAGGCUGAUGCCCUUCUACGUAUCAUCAAUGAUAUAUUAGACAUCACCAAAAUCGAGGCUGGGCGGAUGGCUCUGGAACGAUGCCCAUUUUCACUUCGUGAAGUGAUCUUCGAAGCGUUGACCAGCUUGGCUUUUGGCGCUGCUGCUAAGAACAUCGACGUCUUUUUCGAGAUUCAUCCCGCGGUACCUGAUCUUGUACUCGGAGACGGCUCUCGACUAGGCCAGGUGAUCAAAAAUUUGGUCGGAAAUAGCCAGAAAUUCACGAAAUCGGGAUCGAUCACGUUGACUGCAGAUCUUGUCGCUCGCGAUGACGAAGGCAGAUCACGUGUUCAGUUCCACGUUAUAGAUACUGGCAUUGGCAUCGAGAAAGACAAGCUGCAACGGAUUUUCGACUCUUUCAUGCAAGCUGAUGGAUCUGUUACGCGCAAGUACGGCGGCACCGGUCUGGGACUUACGAUUUCACGCAACUUGGUGCAAAUGAUGGGAGGCCAGCUGAACGUAGAGUCAGAGGUAGAAAGAGGUUCUGACUUUGUCUUUGACGUACUUCUCGGUUCAACCAACGACGAAUUGGAGCUGCGCAAACAAAUCGAAAAGAUUGAUACCGAUCAGUGCGUGUUAUUGAUCGACGGCCAGCAUCCUGAAUCGGUCGAAAGGUCCUGUCUCAAAUUUGGUUUGUCGGUUCAUCGCGUACCAUCAAUCGACGAAGUGCCGUCCGGCGAUCUAUUUGAUUGCGCCAUCAUUUCCACCAUCGAAGAAGCGGACCGCUUGCGAUCGAGUCGAUUUCUGCCUCUUGUUUUAAGAGCUCCUACCUUACCCAAGCUGGACAUGCGGCGAGCGUUAGACCUCUCUCUCGCUAGUGUCGUCGAGAAUGACAAGGGUGAGGCAGAACUUUGCAAUGCACUCAAUAUCGCACUCAAGAAAAGUAUGCGAAGAGUUGGGAAUCAAGAUGCGAAAGCGGACUGGAAGAUCUUAUUAGCUGAAGAUAAUAAAAUCAAUCAGAUCGUCGCACGAAGGAUUUUGGCGAGUUCCGGCUUGAAUUGUUUAGUUGUUGUGGAGAACGGUCAAGAGGCCUGCGAUGCUGUCAAAUCAACCCAGUUUGAUAUCGUCUUGAUGGAUGUCUCCAUGCCGGUUAAAGACGGUCGAGAAGCUACCCAAGAUAUUCGAAAGUGGGAGCAGACUCAUUCUGUUUCACCGGUCCCUAUCAUAGGCGUCACGGCCCAUGCUUUGGUCGGCGAUAGAGAAAAAUGCAUGAAAGCGGGGAUGUCAGGGGUGUGUACAAAACCACUAUUGGCCCCUGAAUUGCUUGCGGCAAUGACGAAGGCUAUCUCUUUGCAUCGCCAAUACGCCCAAUUUGGUCAAAUCAAAUACAAUCAGUAAAUAAUUACGACUCGUAUGUAUUCUGUUUUCAUAACUUGUGGGAAUGCUGUGUGAACAUAUUGUUUAUAUAUCUGCGAAGCCUUAGCUUCCCACUGGAUUGUUAUUCCUUUAAGCUUUUCUCCCAGCAAAACCGUUUCUCUAUUCUCUCAUCAAUCUCCUUACUUUACAAUAUAUCCGUCAUCUUUACAAUCUAAUCUAUAUUCCCCCAAACUCUCUAUUUUUCUUCACGUUACACUUAUGCCUUCUCGUACAAUUGAUUGCAUGAUUAAUAUGAAGAGAUUUGUGUGAAUGUUGUUUAGCUAAACCCUUUUUCUCCCCGGUUUGUUUUUUUGGAAUUGUUACCUUUUUGACUUGAUG